AUUUAAAUACCCAUGCUUAAGUGUACCUGCACUUGGCCGCAUACCUUGCAUCUUUGCAUAAUGCACAAAAGUAAAGCGAAUCAUUUCCUGGAAAUCUCCUUCUGACAACCACUAAGACAUGUGAUUAUAACAGUAUGCAGCCAACCUCCUCGUGAUGCUAAUGUGCUAUAGAUACCUGGCUACAGCUACAGAUGCCAUGGCAAGUUCAGAUGAGACCUACCCUGAUUGCAAUAUUUGUACAAUCCUCCGAGAGUUGUCUUCCCGAGACACCAUGUUUAUGGAAGUUCGUACUGAUUCUCCUCAGCAGUGAGGGAGUCGAACCCGCUGAGUGGGAGUGCAAAUUUGCCAUGUAAAAAUAACCACCUUCUCGUGCUUUAGUAGGUUGUCAUGCUUGCCGUUCUGCAAAUUUCCUUAUUUGCAGCAUUUUGUGCUUUACGGAGUAUUUUGAUUCGAAGCAUCCAAGCCACAAUUUAUCAUGGAGCGACCAUGAGCCAGCCAGCCCCUCGAGCUCAUGAAACGACCAGAGAUCUCAAACAACCUAGAUCCAAGCAACCCUCGGUGUCACGGCAAGAGGGAAAAAGAAUUCAAGGAUAUUCGAGGAUAAUAACCAAAUGGCAGCGGAAUUCAUGGGUAUCCUUAGUGCAAAGUGUCAUCACAUCAAUCUUUGCAACGGGUGUCAAGGAAAUCGCUGAUGUUUCCAAAUUAGGCACUUUCAACGAAACUUCGAACCGUUGCAUGUUCAGCAGAAGAAACAACUGCAUGCCGACUAGAGCAUGUCGAGUGGUUCAUCGGGGAAUUUAUUGCACGGGCAUAGAAAGAAAGUCUUAAGACCUGUAGGCAAUUUGGGAUUGAAAGUACCUUUACAUGGUUAUUGCAAUAUGCUCGCCAUUUGAGAUCGAUCCAGUAAAUACUUGACCGAAUUCAUCCUGUACCAUCCGUCCAGCAUCCCAAGGACUUUGCGAUUGGAUAUGAUAUCUGCAACUGUCUGCAUAGCUGUGUGCCACCCUCCAUCUGUCAAUCGUCAAAGUUAAUUACACCCUUUUUUCUUUGACAGGGAAUUGUGACCCUGGUAGAUAUGAUCAAGAAACAUUGGUUGCUUCGGCGUCAUGGUUGUAUAAUAGCUUGUCACCAAAGUUCGCAAUCUACAGUAAUUCGCAAGAAUAUCUAGAA